AUGGCUAAGGGUCUUACGAAUCAUACCCACCCCCUCCUCUUCUUUUUAUGUGCUGUCGAAGCUUUUAUCACUUAUCCAUGCCAGAGUUCCACAAAUAGCUAUUAUGUUUCUAUUUUGGUGUGGGCUACUUUUGUUCGCAAUGGUCCUGGGCCUCGUCCCGCGCUAAACGGAUUUUUCUACCAGAGGAACAUCCCAGUCAGGUUUCUCUUCCUGGAGAGGAGUCAUAGUCAGUUUUGUUCCCCUGGAGAGACGUUCCCGGAUUUGUCUCCCGGGAGAAACGUCCUAGUCAAAUUUCUCUUCCCGGAGAGGCGUCCCAGUCAGAUCUGUCUCCCCGGAGAGACGUUCCUGGGGAAACGUCCCAGUCCGAUUUCCCUUCCGGGAGAGUCGUCCCCGGAACAGCUUCCCAGGCACAUGAGUGUCCUAGCUAAGACCACAUCAUUUUAUCUAUACUACCUUCUCUUCAAGUCCACUUGGUGCGUUAAAGAAUUCGUGCUACAAGUUGGAAUCUGCUUGGUUGCGGCUGUGUAUAGGGCGAUGACAUUAACUAAGCGGGUCCAGAAAUGGCUCCUCCGUGGUUGGGGGAGUCGGAAUAGCCAUAAUGCCGUUAUAUUAUCUCUAUAUCGUAGCAGUGCUGGCGAUAGAUCGAUCCGAUUCGUGGAUCGAUCCGAAUCCACGCUAUCCUGA